AACAUCACUCCAGCUGUCACCAAGGCACGCAACUGGGCAUCCCUGCGUGAGGCUCCAGCGCUUUGGGCUGGUAGGCUUUGCAUUUACUAUACCUUCUUGAAGACUGGCUUAGCUGGAUCUCAUGCUAACCCACUUGUCUCAGAUUAUAACAGUUUUUUGAGGCUGGGGAGUGGCUGUAGCAUUGGUGGGUCAGGUGAUUUGGGAUUGCUAAAGUGGUUGGAGACUGUACAGUGGAAGCCAGAUGGUAAUAGAACAGCAGAUUUAUCGGGUUGUCAAAUAAGGAGGGGGAAUGCUCAUGGUGACAGUGUUUGCUUCAAAAAUGUUAGAGCUCUGUUUGAUGAGCUUCCUACUCCUCACCUUACAGUGGAAAUAACGUCUGUUCCUGCGGGACCUCUCAGUGAAAAAGAUUACAUCAAGGCUGAGAAAUUGGAAGAGUUCUAAGGUCCGGUCCUUCCGUUUCAAAUAUAUUUAAGAUGAAGGCUUUCCUUUUUUAUGUAUCCAGACUGUAAUGCGUACUUAUUAGAAUUAUCAACGGUAACUUAUGCUCACCUGCUGUUGUUCUUGUACUUUACAACUCGACAAUGACGGUUGAAAAUGAGAGAAAGCAAUGCACUGAAUUUUGUGGUAACAGACUUCAUUGUAGGCAGGCAAUCUUCUUCCUUGAGUUUGCGUUAACUGAUCUGAAAAGGGAAUUGGCUAGAGACAAGAAAACUCAUUGUCUAGCUCUAUAUAUUGAUCAUCUGCCAGAAGGGUACAAACAGCAACAGAGAUGACAAAUUAAAGCUCCAUGAUUAUGAACACAAUUCUAAAACUGGGGGCCAUGAAGCCACAGAUCUUGUUUUCCAUGUUUUUUUUCCCCGCUGAAUCUUGUUUCUUUUCAAAAGCCUAAUAGACUGAGCAGUCAGAUUUUAACAUCCCAGUCAGAUUCAGCUAAGGAAUCAGUAAGCAGAGUAGACGCACCUAAAAUCAGCAAUCGAGGAAAAUAAUUUUAU